GGCCCUGUACCUUCGCCGCGGCUGGGCGGCUAGUUCAAGUUGCCAUAGCUGCGAGUCUGGGGAGAGCGGAGUCGGUUGCGUCGCCGCGUCUGGUCAGUUACACCUUCUUGGGUCGCCGGUGGCCGCGGGAGCCGGGUGGGGCCUCGGCAAUGACCCGGCGUUAAGGACCUGGGGUCCUCUUCUAGUUCAGGUGGUUUGGGGAAAGUGUAGGGGCAACCAAAGAUCCUCCACUUGACUAGGCCUCUUGCCCUGAACCUCAUGAAGAAAUGAUAAGAGGCAGACAUACGUGCCUAAGAAGAGCUCUGAGCUCAGAGGACAGCAGCCCGGAGUUUGGGGGGUAUGCUUUGAUUUUUGUACAUCAAUGGCAGAAUCCUCCAGCGAUUCAGACCACUUCCGCUCUCGUGAUCGAUUGAGUCGAUGGGCUGCCAGUUCAGUACACAGGGAAGUUCGACAUCGUCCUGCUGUGGGUGUCACGGAGAAGGUCAACACGAUCACCAGUACUUUACAGGACACCAGUCGGAACCUGCAACAAGUCGACCAGAUGCUUGGACAUUAUCGAGAGUAUAGUAAUGGACAGGCGGGGGCUAUAGAACAUUUAAAAGAAAGCUUGGAACAAUCGAUAGGCCAACUGCGGAGUCAACGGUUAUCGAGAAACUCAGGAGGGAGAAGUAUUUCUGUUACAAGUCUGAGUACAAGUGACCUCGAUGGUGGCACUGUGACAGAGAGCUACCGCUUUCAACCUACCUCGCCUCUCAAGGACUAUGGGGAUCAACAGGGUAUUAAACGAAAUAAGUCCAGAACUGGUGUCCGGUUUGUUCCGGACACUGAUGACGUGGGCCAGUUUCAUGCUUUUCAUCAGUCCCUCCGAGACCUCAGCAGUGAACAAGUUCGCCUUGGAGAUGAUUUCAACCGGGAGCUUGCCAGAAGAAGCCGAUCGGAUGCUGCAACAAGAAGGGCUUUGGAAGAACUGACUGAAAAACUUAAUGAAGCCCAAAAACAAGAUGUGGUUUCAGAUCGAGUGGAGCGGCGGCUUCAGGAAAUAGAGAAAGAGAUGCGAACAGAAAGAGAGCUGGUGGAAAGACGGCAGGAUCAACUGGGACUUAUUUCUCAGCAGCUCCAGGAGGCACUGAAGAAACAAGAAGCUAAAGCAGAGGAGAAUGAAGGAGAAAUGAAAAAUAAGCUCAGACAAACGGAAAGUGAGAAGAGUAAACUUCAACAGGAAUUGGAGCUAUCUCGAAGGUUACUGAAUCAGUCAGAAGGCAGCAGAGAAACACUUUUGCAUCAGGUAGAAGAACUCCGUACACAGCUUAUGAAAGCAGAAGGUGAUCCAAAGGGUUUGCAUCAUCAAGUAUCUCAGAUUCCCAGGCAACAGUCAAGCCUUCAGGAUGGACAGGGAGAUGACUGGAGGUUUAGGAGAGGGGUUGAGCGAGAGGAUCUGGAGAAGCAGAUGUCAGAUUUGAGAGUGCAGCUGAACUUCAGUGCAAUGGCUUCUGAGUUAGAGGAAGUGAAGCGGUGCUUGGAGCGAAAAGACAAGGAGAAAGUGCAUUUGGCAGCCCAAGUGGAGAAUUUAACCCAUGAGCUGGAGAACAGGGAAAAACAGCAGCUAGAGAUGUUGGAUGAACUGAAGGAGAUCCAGAAGCACUUUGAGACGUGUGACGCCAAACACAAGCGAGCUGACCUGCAGAUCACGAAGCUGACUCAGCACGCCGAGGAGGCCACCAAGCAGGCCGAGCAGUACCUUCUGGAGCUCCAGCAGUCCGAGGGCCUGAGACAGGAGGCAGAGAAGAGGAGAGAGGAGCUGAAGCUGAAAGCUCAGGAGUCCAUUAGGCAGUGGAAGCUUAAGCAUAAGAAGUUAGAACGCGCACUGGAGAAGCAAUCUGAAAGUCUCGAUCAACUGUCAGACAAGAAUAAUCAGAUUUUAAAAGAAAAGGAUGAACUGAAAAGCCAGCUUUAUGCAGCGCUGCAACAAAUAGAGAGUCUUCGAAAGGAAUUAAACGAUGUGCUGACCAAGCGUGCCCUUCAAGAGGAGGAGCUUCAUUGUAAGGAGCAGAAGCUAAGUGAUGUUAAGUCUCAUCAAGCUGAUCUUGAAUUGGAAGUCAAGGAUUCCCUGGAUACCAUCCAUAGGCUAGAAAGUGAAUUGAAAAAACAGAAUAAGAUUCAAAGCCAGGUGAAAGCUGAGAAAGCUCACCUGGAGGAACAAAUUGCAGAGCUGAAGGAGAGCCAGGCCAAGGACAAAGCUCAACUUCUUGAGAUGCAAGAGGCCAUCAAGGACUUGAGUGCCAUCCGGGCAGACCUUGCAAAUAAAUUGGCAGAGGAACAGAGAGCCAGGAAAGAGGUCCUCAAGAACCUUUCUGACCUCAGGACAGAAGCAAAAUCUAAAGAUGAGGAAACAGCUACAAUCAUUACUCAGUUAAAGCUCGAAAGAAACAUUCACCAGAGGGAGCUGGAAGAUCUCACAUCAUCUUUGCAGAGUGUGAAAACGAAACACGAACAAAAUAUCCAGGAGCUGAUGAAGCACUUCAAGAAGGAAAAGAGUGAGGCUGAGAAUCAUAUUAGGACCCUGAAGGCAGAAAGCUUAGAAGAUAAGAAUAUGGCUAAAGUCCACCGUUGUCAGCUGGAGAAGCUGAAAUCGCAGUAUGACAGACUGACAGAGGAAUUAACCCAGAAUGAAAAUGAGAACAAAAAACUGAAGCUAAAAUACCAGUGUUUGAAGGAUGAACUAGAAGAAAAGGAAAAACAUAUAACCAACGAAGAAGAACACCGUAGGAGGAUGGAAGAGGCCAGAUUGCAGCUCAAGGAUCAACUUCUUUGUCUGGAGACGGAACAGGAAUCCAUCCUUGGGGUGAUAGGAAAGGAAAUUGAUGCAGCUUGUAAAACGUUCUCCAGGAACUCAAUGGACAAAUUGAAAGUUUUUUCAUCUAGUCCUGAUAUCAAUUAUGACCCACAUCGCUGGUUAGCAGAGAGCAAGACUAAACUUCAGUGGCUCUGUGAGGAGCUGAAAGAGAGAGAAAACAGAGAGAAAAGUCUACGGCACCAGCUGAUGUUGUGCAGACAACAACUCAAGAAUAUGACGGAAAACAAGGAAGCUGAGCUUCAGUGUCUUUUUGAACAGAUAGAAAGACAGGAGCAACUUCUGGAAGAAAUACACCGAGAGAAGAGAGAUCUGCUGGAGGAGACUCAUAGAAAAGAUGAAGAAAUGGAAUCUCUGCAGCCAAAGCUACUAUUUAAAAUGCCACCUUUGGAAGAUGCUAGUCAGACUGCAAUGAAAAAUCAGGAAGAAGCUCAAUUUGAAGAAAAAGCAGACCGUGUAAAUGCCUUAGAAACGAGUACCCGAGUGGCUUUGGACCAUCUGGAGUCUGUGCCUGAGAAGCUGAGCCUGCUAGAAGAUUUCAAAGGCUUCCGAGGUUCCCGCAGUUUAUCCGACAGAAUUGACGGAAGAUAUUCAAAAUACCGAGUUCACAGAGAGUCUCUUCAGCAGUGCCGGGAUGACCCCAAGCACAGAAUCCAAAGCUUCAAAGAUGACAGAGACUUUGCUGAAAGCUCCCAUGCUCAUGGGUUAGAUCAGUCAUCUUGUUGGCAGGAUCACAGUCGCUUCCUGUCUAGUCCACGAUUUUCCCACUUGAACUCCUUUACCCAAAGAACAGUUGCUCCAGACUCACCUUCAAUCAAGGAAGAUGCCCCAAGUUUACUGAUGGAUGGAAGAAGUCCACAACCCAGAAAGGAGGAAUACGAAAGCAAAAACAGCAAAAUGUAAUUAGUUACUCUCCCUGAGUGUUUUACAAAUAAUAGUAUGUGUAUCCUUGCCACAGUUUGGCCCAGAUAAUCUAGCAGACCUGUCUGCAGCGUCUGCUCUUCAGCAUUGCCAAACACUGGCUGAAGUACAGUGCAGUCGGUCUUCGUGGAUGAUAUAAGUUAAGCCAAUCCAAAUAAUAUCAGCUCGUGAAUGACAUACAGCUAACUUACUGGCAACUUACACCAGCAGAGAAAGAAGAAUAUUUUUCACCUUGCAUUUUCCACUUUCAGGUGUAGUCAGUCACAUUUUUCUGACCAAAAUCUGGAUUUUUAAUUGAGGUCUUUCAAAAAUGACUGGCUGAAAAAUAGGAAAAUGAGUUCUCCUUGAGGCAGAAGUUUCUGGCACUUUGAAUUCAGGGAGCAUUUGUAUACAAGUGAUUUUAUUUUGAUGCUUUCUCCCUCAUAAAUGAUCAUGUGUUAUAACAUGUCAUGGAGAUAUGCAUAUAUAAUAUUAGACAGUCCACUUUAUAAAUGCUCAGGAUUGUUAACAUCCAUCAUCUCAGCAGUCUGUUACUACAUGCAGUAUCUUAAAAUUAUUUCCAAUCAUCCAUUUUUGUAACAAUGAAGAAUUUACAAAUGAAAUCUGAAUUGUUAAGAGUUAUAAAGAAUUUGUAGCAUAAUUUAUUUAUUUGUCUUUUUGUGGCCAAAAAUCCCCCUGUGAUCACUCCGGUCAUAUCCUAGACCAUCUUUGGUUUACUCUGACCAGAAUCAUAGCACCAAACUCCUGUGUCCAUGAGAUUUACUUGCCAAGAGUUCUAGUAUAAUCUGGUACUAUCUGUCUGAACACUUUGAGUAUCUAAGAGUCUUUCUCAACAUCAAAGUGUUUUUAAGAACCUAUUCUCUUUACAUGCUGAUUUACCAGUGAAGAAAGAUUUUUAUUAAAUGCUAAAUAGAAGUAAACAUCCAGGAACUAAAUCCCACUGGGUCAUGAUGGAAAGAUUCUGAAUGGAGACAAGGACAAUAAAGCAGUAUCUUCAUAACGUGCAUUACAUUUUGUGUUUGUUCAAAUCUACUUGCUUUUUAGAUCUCUCACAUUUCAUAAAGAUGUUUCUUGUUCUACUCAAGAUGUGUUUUCCUAACUUACCAUAUUUAAACGUGCAGAAUAAAUGGCAUUCUCCAUGAACUCAAAUGCAACAGUUACUACAGAAGACAGGAUGUUUUAUUUCACAAUUUACCAGUACAACAUAUACAACCUCUGAUAUGCAGCCAUGCAUUUUAUCAUUUGUUCAUUCCAAAAAUCUUUUACUGACUUGUUGCUAUAGGCUAAUCACGGUGUUAAGAAGGAAAAAGAGACCCCCAAACAGGUGCGCAUGUCCCAAACUUUAUUUGGCAUUAGGAGUUACAUGAGAAAGGAGUGAUGUGUUCAUGCUGGCUGGAGAAAUCCUGGAGUAGACACCACUAAGCAGGCUUGGUUUGGUUGUGUCUAACCUUAACCUUGAGACUUGGAGCUGCUAAUGUGCUAACGAGCACCAGAGGUUUCAGUGCAAGUGGAAUUAUUACUCUUUAGUAAUAUCUGGGAUAUUAAGAAAUUAUGUCAGUAUUUUCAUUGAUGUUUUAACUAAUACCAUUUUUAUCUAUGUGGAUCUAAAUGACUGGGAAGAAAACAAGGGAGAAAUUAACAGGUUUUGCUUAAGUCCUACAGGUAGAUGUUAGAUAACUUUUCAUUUAAUGCAUUAGUAGGAACUUCAUGUGGUCCGUUCUAUUUAAUCGAAACUGAUCUAAAACAUUAUUAGCUUUUUGUGGGGUUAAAAAAAAGGAUUAUUAGCUUUCUAAAAAAAUCUGUGGUCAUUAAAAAAAGUUACAUCAGGCCAGUUAAGCCUGAAAAGUGGAGGUAGCUCAGAUUAUGUACUUGGCACAUCCUUGAAAACAUGUUAGGUGAUGAUUUUAUAACAGAAAAGGAUCUUAUAAAAGGCCUUUUUUUUAAAUCUGGAAAAAAAAAAUUAAAGCAUUGCAUAUUACUGAAG